CCCCAACACGCUGCAAACUACCACGCCCACCUCCGUUUCUAUCGGACCUAAUAACCCCGCCCACUACAUGUAGCCGCUCCCACCCUACCCCGCCCAGAAGCCGAGCGGCAGAUGCUGAAGUUGGAGGGAGAAGGUGGGCAGGCGGGUGUGUGUGGAUGAGAUGCGGUCGGAGAAUUGUGUCGAAGAUAAUCUGUAGGAGUAGUGCUGGGACCGCGUACUAUAGACCAUUACCGUGCGUUACACUUGUGCGAGUGUGCGGUCCGGAACAGGCGUGUGUCCUCUCUCCGCUAACCCGUCGCCUGUAGCUCCCACGAAGAAGCGCGGAUGGAGGGAACGGGUCGCCGCGAGUCGGUGGGUGGCCAACAGGGUGUGAUUAAGAAUAUUGAGAGGGAACUGGUAUGCCCUUCCUGCAAGGAAUUAUAUACCCAUCCACUGAUCUUGCCCUGUCAGCAUAACAUUUGCCAUAAGUGUCUCAAGGAGCUUCUUUACUUGACUCUUGAGGACUCCACUGAUGUCAGUUCAGAAGCAUCAACACCUGGAAGCCCACGCAUUCGGAUGACUUCCCCCAGUGUUGAAAGAAUCGACAGACUUGUCAGAUCAGGCUCCAAGCGCAAUUCUUUGACUCCUAAGAUCACUACCAUAUCAUGCCCUGGAUGUUUGCACGAUGUAGAUCUUGGAGAACGUGGCAUAAAUGGCCUUUUUCGCAACGUUACUUUGGAAGCUAUUGUGGAACGCUACAGACAAGCAGCCCGAGCAGCAACUGCCAUCAUGUGUGACUAUUGCAAACCUCCGGCUCAGGAAUCUACCAAAAGCUGCAUGGAUUGCAAUGCCAGUUUCUGCAAUGAGUGCUUUAAAAUCAACCAUCCAUGGGGCACUGUCAAAGCUCAACAUGAGUAUGUUGGACCAACCAAUCAAUUUAGACCAAAGGUCCUAAUGUGCCCAGAGCAUGAAAUGGAGAAAGUAAACAUGUACUGCGAAAUCUGUCGGAGGCCUGUUUGUCACCUGUGUAAACUGGGAGGUGCACAUGCAAACCACAGAGUCACUACAAUGAGCACAGCUUAUAAAACACUGAAGGAGAAACUUACGAAGGGCAUCAGCUAUCUUAUUAGCAAGGAAAGCCAAGUAAAGGAUCAGCUAUCUGAACUAGAAAUACUAAUUAAACAAACAGAGAGUAAUGGAGAGAAAGCAAAGGAAGAUGCAACCUACAAUUUUGAGAAGCUGUAUAACAUUCUUGAAGAACGGAAAUCUUUUGUUAUGAGGUCUAUAGAAAACUCAAAAUCAUUGCGCUUGGAAAAACUAAAAAACCAGGUGGAGGAGUACCAGGGGCUACUAGAAAAUAAUGGGCUUGUUGGUUAUGCUCAGGAAGUGCUAAAAGAAACGGACCAUUCUUGCUUCGUUCAGAUUGCUAAACAACUACAUAUAAGAAUUCAGAAAGCGUCAGAUUCUCUGAAAUCAUUCCGACCUGCAGCACAGCCAGGAUUUGAAGAGUAUUUUCUCGAUGUGGCCCAGGAAGAAGAUCUACUAGGUGAAAUAGCCUUUUCCAAAGCUCUAGCUAUGCCAGAAAUCAACAUGGAACAGAGCAAGAUAUAUAACAAAGCCAGGAUUUGUUGGCAAGAGCCCAGCGAUUCACUUUCCGCAGAUAGCUAUGUGCUUGAGUACCGCAGACUGGAUAAGAACGAGGAUCUCUUAUGGAAUGAAAUUGAAACAGCCAAUACCAGCAAAAUCCUCUCAGAUCUUGAAUUAAACAGUCAAUACUGCUUUAGAGUAAAGGGGUUUAGAGGUUCUACCAGCACUCCACUCAGUAAGGAAGUCGUCCUGCACACACCGCCAGCUCCAGUUUUUAGUUUUCUGUUUGAUGACAAAUGUGGAUACAACAAAGAGCAUCUAAUGCUUAAUGCCCAGCGGGAUACUGUGGAGAGCAUGGCAGGGAUCUCUCUGCUGCUUGGAGCAGAACGUGUCCAAGUGGGAUGUUACACGUGCCUUGAUUAUAUCAUCGGUGACACUGGAAUCACAAAGGGAAGACAUUUCUGGGCCUUUUCAAUUGAGUCUCAUUCUUACCUGGUGAAAGUUGGAGUUGCGUCUGAUAUUAAAUUGCAGGAAUGGCUUCAUAACCCACGUGACAUAAGCAGUCCAAGGUACGACCAAGACAGUGGCCACGACAGCGGCAGUGAAGAUACUUCCUACGACUCCUCACAACCAUUUACUUUGGCGACUAUUGGAAUGAAGAAAUUGUUUAUCCCAAAGUCCUCUCAUGUUACAUGCACCGCUGCAGAAAGAGUUAUCCCACUACCAACGCGCAUUGGCAUUUGUCUGGAUUACGAUGAAGGAAAGGUUGGGUUCUAUGACGCAAAUAUUAUGAAGUGCCUUUAUGAGCGAGACGUUGACUGUAUAGGAACAAUGUACCCAGCAUUUGCUUUGCUAGGAGGCGGAGCCAUACAUCUGGAGGAGGUUAUCACUGCAAAUCAUUUGGACUAUUCUCAUGAAAUAUAAACGGAAUUAUCACCUGUAAAACAAACUGAGUGAUUUUGAUUUAAUACACUGAUCUUAGUGCGUUGUUUGCACUUUCAUUUUAGUUUUAGUUCCAUUGUCUUCUCAGUGCAAGACUUAUGUUUGUGUAAGCUUUCUUUCACCCAGAAAAUCGCUUUUCCUAAAUGCCUUUUAAGAGUUACUCCGAGGAAUUAAAGAAAGAACUGCUUCACAAUGAGACAGACCCAGCGAUUAGCAUGGGGUUCUGUUAGCCCUGUGAUGUGGCCCUAAUGGCUGCUGUCUUGGUUCUAAAGUGACUCCUGAAGCACAACUGUUUAAUGCUAUGGGAAAAAGCUAAAGGCCUACAUGAGCUACUCUAUCAAAUACUCUAGUAUAAUAUCCACGGCUCCUCUUAGAUAUUCAAAUGAAUUUGUGAGUACUUUUAAUUCAGUGGCUGCUGGAGCAGAGUGUUAGCUGCUCUCUUACAGUGGCUUCAUUAGUGCUGUGGCUUAAUCUUUCUUUUUAACUCCACAUAGUGGCAUGUAGGGCAGCUUUGGGCUGAUUGCUGGGUUUGCUCGCAAGACAGUAUCCUUUAUAAUACCAUCAUAUUUUAAUAUUCAAAUGAGUUAAAAUCCUCAAGUCUCAAUGAUACAGUAUGAAGUCAUUUUAAUGAAAUCUUUUAAUAUGCAGUUGGGGGUUAUAGUUCACUUGGUACAUAAUCCAUAAAGCAAAAGAGUUGCAUAUAAAAAGGGAAGACAAUAAUCUGAAAAACCAGGCCUUUUAAGUCUUUAUUUUGUUGAAAGAGUUAAUACUUUUAAAUCCUGUGAACUACUGACAUAUAUUUCAUAUAUUUAUAUGUGUAAUUUAUUUUCAGUUGAUCUGUGGCUAAUUGUCACUGUGUGUUUUUUAUUAAUCUCUGUGGAAUGUUUCCUUUCAUUUUGUUUUUAUGUUUGUUUGUAUGUAUAUAUCUGUUCGUGAAAAAUAAUAUCAGUUAACGUUUUAUUGGCAGCGGCUGUCUAUGCAGUUCAACAACCAAAAAGCUCACCAGGCAACAACAACAAACCUAAAUUCACUUUCUGGGAAGGUGUUUGGAUUUAUUGAACUUAUGAAAUUUUACAAUAUCUAAUUUAUAUCUUGUGAUAGAGCCACAUUAGUUAGUGGUUACACAAUCGAUUUGUUUCUAUGGAAUGUCAUUUGUGGUCACUGGAUCUUGUUUACUACUGUACACUAAGCUCAUAGCUUUUUCACCUUUAGGGAAUUGUUUAUGUUUUAGGCAAAGUAGGGUGUGUGUCUGACUUUUCCAAUGCAGGGAUUUAAGUAAUUCACUGAGCAAACAUAUCAUGCCCAUUAGGGGUCAUGCAUCGCUGAUACACUGUUUGUUUUCUUUUUUUGUCUUUCUUUGUAAACUAUGUUGGGAUGGUGUUUCUCCCUCAGUUAAAUAGCACUUUAUAGCAUAGAGUUCACAAGGUACUAUGCAAUGUUUAUGAAUUUGUGUUUGAUUAAGCUGCUAAACUAUAAGAAUCUUGGAUAAUGCAUAAUAUAAAUAUGUUCUUUAUUUCUUCAGGAAACAUAUACUACUAAGGAAUUUAAAAGUAAAAAUGUUUGUUUUUUUAAUAAAAUAUUAAAAUUUAUUUUAA